GGUAGCUGUAUAUCCAUCCGAGUCACUCCGCUGGAGGUAAGAAUGCCGCCUAAGACACGAGCCGCCUCAAGACGGGCAGGGGAGCAAGAUGCUCCCAUUGAGAUGGCAGAUAGACCACGGGCAUCCACCCAGAGAGGCCGAGGUAGACGUGGCAGGGUCACUAGGCCGGUGGGGUUGGAUACGCUUGUGAGUAGGCAAGAAGAGGGACAGUCCUCAGGUGAUGUAGAUAGACACCCAGCUAGGGGUAUUACUAUUGAGGAUUUGGCGGCAGGCCUACAGGGAGUUAAUCGGGUUGUAGAGAUGAUGGCAACCCGCAUGGAAGAUAUACAAAGGGUAGUAGAGGGGAGACCUACAGUACAAGAAUCCCCUAGCUCCCAAGGACAGGCCGAUCACCAACAUCAUGAGGAGGAGAGGGGACAUCUAGAUAUUUCUCUUCCUGACUUUCUCAAGCUUAAGCCUCCAACAUUUUCAGGGUCUGAUGCAUCGGAGAAACCCCAGGUUUUCUUGGAUAAGAUGGAGAAAAUUUGUAAAGCCUUGGGAUGUUCUAGUGUUCGGUCAGUUGAGCUAGCCGCCUUCCAAUUAGAGGAUGUGGCGCAGGAAUGGUAUAGCUCUUUAUGUAGAGGCAGACCGACUGAUGCAACACCAUUGGCCUAG